GCCAAAUUUUGAGCGGGCGCUUCUCUCACUCAAAGACCUUCUUCAACCUCCAAACCAAACGCUAGAGAGCUCCAAACCCUAGCAACCAUGUCCACCGCCAAAGCCACCACCAGGAAGAGGCGCGCGGCCGAGCCCGACCUCGCCAAAUCGGCCAACCUCGAUCUCGAUCUCGACCUCUCCAGUGAUAUCAAAGGAAUCAUGUCGGCUCUGCAACAGAUCCGAGAGAAGGCGCACAAGGACGGCCUCAAGAAGAACGAAGAGACCAUUUCCAGUGUGGCUGCUGAAGUCAGGUCUGUGAUUGAUGAACUGAAGUCGAAAGUUGAGAAGGACAGGCAAAGUUUCGCGAAAUCACUUUCAAAGAGCUCAAAAGAGUGUGAGAAUUGCUUGAAGACUGAAACUACCAAGUUCCAAGCAGUUUACGAGAAAUUCUGCAAGGAUCAAGCGAACCAUCUACAAUCCCUGAAAGGUAUCAUUUCAAACUUUGAAGAAGAGAAGGAAAGGCUAUUCACUCGAUAUGAGCAACUCAGAAAGAGAGAGAGAACUAUGAUAUCAGAGCAUGAAAAAGCUUGCACCGAUAAAAUUUCCAAGUUAGAAGAGUCUCUGAAAAAGAAGAAGCAGGACAACAAAACUUUCAGCGUUUUGAGGAAAACUCUUGGUUCAUUUCUGGACGAUGAUGCUUCAGAUGAAGAAGGCGUCCCACUUGAUGAUUGAAUUUGCUUGAUAAUGCAAAUAGAUAGUAGUACAGGCAUCCUAUUAGAGCGACUUGGUACUCAAAACAACAGUGGAGUAGUUUAGUUUCGGGCUUACUUAUUUCCGCCAAAAGAUUCUUAAUCUCUUGAACAAUUUCUAUAUGGCUUGGUAUAUAUAUAGUGCUGCUAUAGGUAAGAAAUUCUCUUUCUCAAGUUCAUUAUGGUCACUAUGGCAGUGAACCAAAGUACUCGCUGCUGACAGUUCCUAGUAGUUAUGAUCUAAUUGCUUUGACUUUCAAGAGUGCA